AUGGAGCAGGCCGACAGCCCGGGGCGCCCCUGCCCGCCUCGCCGCCGCGCGUCGCCUCUGCGCUCCGGUCGGGAGGCGGCAAGGCUCGGCGCUGGCGGGGCCGAGGCGGCUCCGCUGCAGAUCCCUGGGAGUUGUAGUCCUGGCGGCGGCGGCGGUGUCAGCGAGGACAGGCCGCUCCCUCUGGCGGCUCGGCGCGCACGGAGGCUGCUUAGUCGCGCUGCUGCAGGCCGCCUCCGGCCCGCCGGCUCAGGAGCGGUCGCCGGCGAGGGGAGCGUCCGGAGGGCUCCUGCCCUGGGCGGCAGCGUUGCUCGGGCCUCUCGCUUCGAGCCGGACCCGGGCCCUUCUGCGGGCGGAGCUCGGCCUCGGGCGCGCGGCAGCUCUCCAGCCUCCUCCCGCCCCCCGGCGGCCGCCCGCCCGCUCAUGCCAGGGCAGGAGGUUCCGGCUGCGAACGUUCCCGCCCGUUACGAGCCCCGCGCCGGUUGGGCAGGCGGGCCGCAGCAGAAGCCCGCGCCUCGGGAGACCGGCCUGCUUGCCCCGGGCCCAGGGGAGGCGGCCUCCCCAGAGCCUCCCUGGCAGCCCGGCCGAGGGCGCCUGCCGGCCUGGCAUCCUUUCGCUGGCCCUGCUGGGGCGGCCGGGCUGCCCGCAGAGUUCUCCCGCCGCUCGGUGCCCGCUAUUGGAAAUAGGGUUGCUAGCCUCCAGUGCCGGCGAGAAAGGCGGGCUACAAAUGAAGCAAGGAAGACCCGCGAGUCGGCGGCCGGGCCGCCCCCUCGGCUGCGCGGAAGAGCUGCCGGGAAGGAGAGGCCGACGCCCGCGGGGGGCUGGCCCAAGCCUCGCCUUUCCGAGGGAGCCGGACCCGGCGCCCCCCAAGCACUGAGUCCCCCCAAGGCCCCCGCUCCCUCUGGCCCAGGAAAGAGGCUGGAAGCACGUUGUUCCCACAGAGUUUAA